CUGCAUGGUGCCUGUUUCAGCAGUGUACCUUGGCAUUAGGACAGCCAUUCUGCACACUCUGCUCCUCUAGCAAGAGGGAUCGUACUUUGUCUUCCCAGAACUUGGCACUAGGGUUUGAGUUGAGAUGUAAAUGUUCCUGUAUAUUCAGUUGUUAUUAUGUAUUGCCUGAAUGCAGCUCUAGAGCUUCUGCUUCUGAUGGGAAAGAAGCAGAAAUACCAUUCUUGCAGUACUUACCUGAAGCUGGAAUUUAAUUUUUUCUACUUCUGGUACUGGUGUUUACCUUGGCACCUUUCUGGUUAGGCAGAGGGAAGUCAAGUCACUGAAGACAAGAUGCAGUCUGCUCCUCUUUCACAUUGGGAAGGAUACUGAGGUAAUAAAAUUCCAAGUUGAACGGGACCUGCAGUAGGGAAACUUCUGCAUGCUUUCUUCUGAUCUUGAAAGGUAUUGGGACUUAUGGGAUGUGACUUUGAUCCAUUUCCUAAGUGCACAGAGCAGUUAUCUGCACAUGGAUGGAGAGGCAAGAGAUUCCAUUUGCAGCCCAAAACAAUUGUCUUGAGAUGUAGGUGGCUGGGGUCUGCUGUUUGCUUUCCUUAUUAACCUGAAGACUGAACUCUCUUAAGAUUCUUAAAGUGCUUUUUACUUUUAUUAUUAAUAUUAUCAGCAUUUUACAUUGCUCCCCCCCCCCCCCCCCCCCCCCCCCCGUUUUCCCAGUUAGUUGGCUUCUCCGGUUCAGUAAUGGUAGGCUCCAUGUGUUGUAGGUCCCAUGAUUCCAUGACACUGUGGGAUGAUGACCCAGGAGCCAGGCAAUGGUUAAGGCUGCCUAUUUAUGGCCUACAGUGGGUACCCUCUACGUUAUCUUUGCGGAUGGAGAUGGGCAUGGCUGACGUCAAGAAAGGAUGUGUUGGCCGAAGGAGGAGGUGCUGUGGAGCCAGGAUGAUCAUCUUUUGGCUCUGACAAACAGAACAGACCAGAACAAAAUCAUAAGACCGGAACCUUGAAGCAUACCAGGCCCAAAAAUUAAGACUCAUUUGAACAGGAAAUGCAACCCCCCUGCAUAUGUCAAUAAGGUUAAUGAAGUACGUGCUAUCACACAUGACUAUGUUACUCAGCUCUCCAGUUCGAUCACGCCAUACAUAAAAGGAGGAGGAGGAGACCAUCGGGCUGUAUAUAAGGAGGGUAGAAACUUCAUUGAAGUACAGGGAAGACCCAAAAAGACCUCAGGAACAGUCAACAGACUACUCUCCUCUCUCUCAUCCCAAGCAGGAACGUCUUCGUGAUCCACCUGUCAUGUUAAAGCAGUCACCUAUCGCUGGGGGCUUAUCUCCCCCCGAGUGUGCUACUCAAGAAAUCCAGGAUAUCACCAACCAGGUGAAAGUACAACUUAGAGUCAGGGUAAAUGAGAGAUAUGACCUCUUUAGAGCCAUACUCUACAGGACUCAAGUAGUUGCUGGGAUAAUGUACUUCAUUAAGGUCCAAGUUGCUGAUACUGAAUAUGUCCACUUAAAGGUGCUUGCGGGCCCUCGUCCAGAGAAUGUAUAUCCUGCCCUUGUCAGUUUUCAGACUGGCAAGACCAGAGAUGAUCCUCUGGACUACUUCUGAGACACGAUGAGGGCAGUGCUUCACUUCUAGAAGUCACAUGGGGGUUCUGACCAUGACAGUAAAUGCAUGAAAAUAAAAUAAGGCUUGAAAGCU